AUGAAGCGACUUCUGAGAUUCAAACGCCGAAAGGCAAGUAGCGGUGACACCCAGGGGAACAGUGCAAUCACUCCCCCUCCACCUGUGGGGCCAGACAUAGCCACACCUUCUACAAGUCCAAUACCUGCUUCCAGCCUCUCAUUACCGGCUACAGGCCCUUCAGUUGCGACUACCAGUCCUUCCCCGACCACUGUGAAUGCCGCGCAGUUACAAACAGGGCAAGCUGUAGUGUCCCUCUCGCCCCCUGCAGGUUCCUCGCCCACACUUUCUAUAAGCCCGAGCCAUGACAUCGGCACAUGGCAUCGCGCCUACGAAAUAGCUGAGGAUCGAGAGCCAGAGUUGAUGACAUAUUACGCAAGUCACCUAGCCUCUCUACAAGUUAACCCCACCAGCAAAAAGGAUAUCUCAAAUGCGGAAUUUGUCGAAGAUGUCGUAAAGCAGCUGCUGGAAGACCGAGAAAAGAAACAAUGGCGGCUUUCUCUCCUAGGAAAAAAUAUCAUCAUCCGAAAGCAAGCCGAGAAACUAGCAAAGGUUCUCUUAUGGUCUGAUCCUGUUGUCAAAAAUGCUGUUAGCUCACAACCAUAUGCGGCACUUGCAUGGUCUAGUAUUUCUAUUCUUCUUCCUCUACUGACAAGUGCUGUCACACCGGAUGAAGCUAUGCUGAAAGGUUUCAGCUCGAUCAGCGAUGUUCAAGUCUAUUGGACAAUUUUCGAAGAGACUUACCUGAGCUCUUCCCAUCGGCAACACUACGAAAACCUCAUCGAGCCUUUGGCCAAGCUCUAUUCCUACAUUAUUGAAUACCAAGCCCGUGCCAUAUGCCACCUUUCAAAGACCCAACUUUCCCGCGGGUGGCAGAACGUAGCGGGUGGGAAUGACUGGGCUGGAAAGGCGAGUGAGAUUGAAGCUUUAUCAAGGACUUGCAGUAGCCUGAUCUCGCACGAUAACGAGAAAGAGAUUCGAGAGCGCUGGGGUGUUCAAAUACGUGAAAUUCAAGAGUCAAGUGCUAUUCUUAAAGAGAUCCGACAAGUCCUCGAUGAAAGCCAAAGGCAAACCCGGGAGAACUACGAAGACAAGGCGGGAAAAAACCUCUUACAAGACCUGGCUUCCGAUUAUGAGGGAUAUAAAGACUUCAAUCGUCUCAGAGUCCAAGGCACGUGUGAAUGGUUCUUUAAUGAUGAAAAGUUCCAUAAAUGGCGCGAUAGUGACACGUCUGGGCUUUUAUGGCUCUCUGCUGGACCUGGAUGUGGAAAAUCGAUUUUGUCGCGAGCGCUUAUUGACGAACGUCGACUGUGCUUGAAUGUCACAACUUCGACCGUUUGUCACUUCUUUUUUAAAGAUGGCUACGAAGACCGCAUGUAUGGCGCCAAUGCUUUAUGUGCAAUACUCCACCAACUUUUUACUCAAGACUCUACCGGGGCCCUAAUCAAGCUAGCUCUGCCUGCUCACAAGAAUUACGGUAAAUCUCUUACAAGAAGCUUGUCUGGGCUAUGGAAUAUCCUUCUUGAUUGCGCCAAGAGCCCUCACACCGGAGAAAUUGUUUGUAUUUUUGAUGCCCUAGAUGAAUGCGAGGAACAAAGCAGGUUGCAAUUGAUCAGCAAGCUCAAAGAGUUCUAUUGCCAGCCACAGGGCUCUUCGGCAUUAUCUUCGAAGCUCAGCUUCCUUAUAACCAGUCGACCAUACACUGAGAUAGAGAGAGAGUUUGAGGGGUUCUCUACAACAGAAUACCUGCAUUUUGACGGCGAUAAAAAGUCACCCGCCAUCAGUCGGGAGAUUGAUCUCGUCAUCGAUGAGCAUGUGAGACAAAUCGCAGGCAACUUCACCCCUGGUGAUCAGCUGGAAAUCUCAAAACGUCUCAAAGGCAUGGAGAACCGUACCUACCUAUGGCUCUAUGUCAUAUUUGAAACAAUCAGGGAGGACCCAAGUCGCCACGGAAAGCGGUCCAGCAUCGAAAGACUAUUGAACAAUAUACCAUCAAGGUUAUCAGAGGCGUACGAAAUAAUUCUAGGCAGAAGCAAAUGCCAAGAAGAAACCGAACGUCUUCUUGAGAUCAUUCUUGCUGCGGCGCGGCCUCUAACUCUUGAUGAGGCCAACGUCGCCUUGACAUUGGCUUUGGCAGAAGAAGAUUUCGCGUCACACUCAGCCUUGGAGAAUGAUCUAUGGCCCAAGAGCAAUUUCGAAAGCAUUAUCAAAGGUCUAAGUGGCCUCUUCAUCAGCGUUCACGAUUCAAAGCUGUUCCUCAUCCAUCAAACAGCAAGGGAGUUUCUCAUCGACCCUUCGGGUCGUGGUACGUGGGAAGGGCGUUUGAGCAUGUCUAAAUCAUCCAGUGCCAUAUCAAGAACUUGUAUUCGGUUCUUGAUGCUCCCUGAUCUUCACACAAUUCUCAAGGGUGGGGGCUUUUCGGAACAUGAAUCUGAUGGAGAUUUUUCAGAUGGAUCUAGGAAAGAUCUUUCGGAUCAUAGUGAAUCACCCGAGGGAAGCUAUUCGGACGAUGAUGAAUCCGAGGGAAGCUAUUCGGACGGUGAUGAAUCCAGCGAAGAUCUCUCGGAUCAUAGUGAAUCACCGGAGAGAAGCUAUUCGGACAAUGAUGACACGAAUAGCUUUAUUUUUGACCACCUGUCCCCAUUUUUCCGCUAUGCAGCCACUCACUGGACGUUGCAUUUUCUAUCACAGGAAGCGGCAGCCAUUGAUCAGUCUUUGAAAGAUGCGCGUACGCUUUGUGAUUCCCGCCAGGCAUGGGUACAGGUAGCAAGAUACAAAGGGCUACUAAGACGGACACCAGACUUUCAGUACAUGACCGAUUUGUCAUUGGCGAGUUAUCUUGGGUUGAAGCAAGUGGUCGAGAAUAUCUUGUCAAAGGAACAUGUUGAUGUCAACAUUGAAGACGAGUCUUCAGGAUCCGCACUUUCGGCGGCAUGCUUCGCAGGCCGGUCAGAUAUUGUCACGCUCUUAUUGAAUAAAGGAGCCAAUCACAAUGCCCCUUACACACAUGGCACGGCUCUCCAUGCAGCUCUUCUCUCCCAUCACCAUGACAUUGUUUCUAUACUCCUUGAGAAUGGAGCCGACGCUAACAGCGAGAGUGAACAUCUCGGCACAGCGCUUUACCUGGCCUCAACUCGAAAGAACACAGAUAGUGUCCUUAGCCUCCUGAAAUGGGGCGCAGAUGUCAACCGUAGACAAGGAGAAUUCGGAACAGCCUUGUGCGGAGCUUCUCUCCGAGGCAGCCGGGAAACUGUCGAAGUCCUUCUCAAGAAUGGGGCCGAUGUCAACAUCCAAGACGGACGGGAGGUCACGGCGCUCUAUAUAGCAUCUCACGAAGGCCGCCCAGAUGUUGUAAUUGAUCUGCUAAAUCAUGGUGCUGACAUCAAUUAUAAUCACCCAAGUAAGGGUACGGCACUGCAAACAGCAUCCGGACAAGGCAGCGAGAAUACCGUCGCAAUACUCUUAGCGAAUGGAGCCGAUCCUAACCUCAUAAGUGAAGGGUAUUAUGAGCCCGCGAUCCACGAGGCAUCAUUCUACGGUUAUCAGGGUAUUGUCGAAUUGUUACUCAAGUAUGGAGCUGAUGUCAAUCUCCGAGGCACAAAGAAGGCCACAGCGCUCCAGGUGGCUUCGUGGAAGGGUCAUCGAGAAAUUGUUGCAUUGCUCCUCGAUCAUGGGGCCGACAUCACCAUAAAAGGGGAAGCGGAAUUCUGGGACUCGGACGGCUACUGCUAUACGCGCACGGGCACGGCGCUCGAUGUGGCAACUGAGCGAGGCCAUGCGGAGAUUAUGGAAAUGCUAGCUAAGGCAGAGGCCCAGGCUUGA